UUCCUACCUAAUAUAAUUAUAUAGAUAAAAUUUCAUAAGUUUUUCUUAAGUAAAAAGCGUGAGAUGGUCGGACGAUCACAUGAUCAUAGUGUUUAAAACAAGGUCGAGCGAUAUUUUUAUUCCGGGAUAGCCUUGGAUGAACCAUAUCGCAUCAGCGCUUGCAGAAGGAAAGAAGCUUAAAAUUGUAAAAAUGAAUUCGACAAAACAUAAAUUUUCCAACAGAAUAAUAAAUGAACAGAAGAGUAAUAUUUGGGAAGAAAUUUUACAAUUAUCGGCCAAAUGUGGAGCUUUAAAUUUAGCACUGGGGUUUCCAGACUUUGCUCCACCAAAGCAUAUACGUAACGCACUUGAACACGUGACUAAUCAAUCCAAUCACAUGAUUCACCAUUAUACGAGGACACUUGGUCAUCCUCGACUGGUAAAAAUUCUGGCCAAACUAUACAGCCGAGAGCUUCAGCAGACCUUGGACCCUAUGAAGAAUGUGGUCACAACCAUCGGUGCCUACGAAGCGAUGUAUGCAGCUUUCCAGGCCUUGGUCAACCCCGGAGACGAGGUUAUCCUUUUGGAACCUUGUUACGAGCCGUACAAAGUUGUGGCCGGACUGGCAGGGGCCACUGUGCGCUAUGUUCCGUUAAUUCCGAAACAAGGCUCAAAUGAAAGUGAUGACUGGACAUACGACAUAGAAACCUUGAGGGGGGCAUUUAAUAACAAAACCAAAGCCAUCGUUGUAAACAACCCCAUGAACCCUCUGGGGAAGGUGUUUACUAGAAAAGAAUUACAAGAGAUUGCAGAUCUGUGUGUGCAACAUGACGUUCUUUGUUUCUCUGAUGAAGUCUACGAAUGGUUGAUAUACGGAAAACGACAGCUUGUUCGAAUGGCGACCCUUAAUGGAAUGGCUGAUAGAACGAUAACAAUGGGUAGUGCUGGUAAAACCUUCAGUGUCACAGGCUGGAAGAUAGGCUGGGCAGUCGGCCCUGCUCAUCUCAUCUCCGCCAUGCAUUUAUUCCAUCAUCUUGCCAUCAGGGGGACACCCUCAGUCCUUCAGGAAGCCUUGGCAAUGGCUUUUGAGACAGAGGAAAGUCGCCUUGGAAACCCUGACUGCUAUUUUACUCUGCUGUCCAAACAAAUGGAACAAAAACGUGACGAAAUGUCCACUUACCUGAAGGACGCAGGACUGCAGCCCAUCACACCAGGGGGAGGCUACUUCAUUCUGGCCAACAUUUCCUCCAUUGACACAGAAGAUGGAAUCGAUCUCGGCAGUCAGGAGGCAUACGAUUCUCAGUUUGUCAAGUGGGCCAUCAAGGAAAAGAAACUCACCUUCAUCCCAUUGUCUAUAUUCUACAGUGAAGAACAUAGACAUUUUGGAGAUAAAUUCGUCCGAAUUUGCUUUGCAAAGGGUUUCCCCGACUUUGCGCCAUCAGAUCACGUGGUUCAGGCCCUGGAGGAAGUGGCUACUUAUUCUGACCAUAUGAUUCAUCAUUAUACCAGGGCAGCAGGUCACAAACGCCUGGUUAAGGUCCUGUCCAAAGUAUAUUGCAGACUUUUAGAGAGGAAUAUUGAUCCAAUGACCGACAUAAUGACGUCAACAGGUGCCUAUGAUGCUCUGUAUACAACAUUCCAAGCUCUAGUCUGUCCUGGCGACGAGGCAAAACCAUGUUACGAACCUUAUAUGGAAAUGGUUCGACUCGCUGGAGCCUCAGUUAAUUACGUGCCUCUAAUUCCAAAAACUGGUUCAACAAACAGUGAUGAUUGGGCGUUUGAUUUGGUGACAUUGGAAUCGACUUUCAGUGCAAAAACAAAAGCUAUUGUUGUUAAUACACCAAUGAAUCCACUGGGAAAAGUCUUUAAUAAAGAUGAACUACAAGUCAUUGCAGAUCUCUGCGUUAAGUACGAUACACUAUGCAUCGCCGAUGAUGUGUACCAAUGGCUUAUCUACGGAAAAAGAAAACAUAUUUAUAUGGCUACCCUGGAUGGGAUGGCGGAAAGAACAAUACACAUUGGAAGUGCUGGGAAGACAUUUAGCGCCACAGGAUGGAAAACCGGAUGGGCCGUGGGUCCUGCCCAUUUAAUAAAUGCUCUACAAUGCUUCCAUCAUUUGUCUAUUCGUGGAGGACCUUCUGUCUUGCAGGAAGCAGUUGCGAUAGCUUUUGAGAAAGAAGAGCAAAGGCUGGAAAGUGAAGACAGCUAUUUCAAAGUUUUGUCUGCGGAAAUGGAGAGUAAGAGAGAUCAACUGAUCAAGUGUCUCCGCCAGGCGGCGCUAAACCCAGUGAUUCCAGGGGGUGGCUACUUUAUAGUGGCAGAUAUCUCUAAACUAGAGACCAGCAUCAACAGUGAAGAAUCAAAUGGGGAAGCUUUCGAUAUAAAAUUCGUCAAGUGGGCCAUUAAAGAAAAGAAGCUCACCGUCAUUCCACUGUCUAUAUUUUACUGUCAGGAACAUAGAAAUCUUGGAGAUAAAUAUGUUCGUAUUUGUUUUGCAAAGACUGAGGAGACGUUAAAAAGAGCAGAGAACGUCCUGAAGAAUUGGGAGUUGAAGUGAACGUAUAACGUUUACAACGACUUUGAAGAUGGAGUAUAAUAUAGCUGAUUUUCUGAGAACCUUUCUUCGAGCUUAUGUUGUUGAGUAUUUGCAUAAUUUCAUGUUUAGCAAUUUUAAUAAACGAUUUUGAUAUA